UUACCUAGGUAGAUCCUCUCGUUAUCAUCGAGCAAUCUUUGCUGAUUCGAAGAGUUCAAUUUUUCACUCUCCAAUUCAGUCCUUCGGUACUUCCUAUGCAGACCAUAUAGUGCUUCGGCUUCCUUGUCGCAGUCUCUAUUGGCUGUUGUAUGACCGUCGCAGUCCGACUCAGGUACUCAGCCAGUCCAUCCCAUAAGACAUACGACUGGCACCUUGCUGGCUACUCUUAUUCACGCGCAUCGUCACCGGUCUCGAUGUAUAUAUCCAGCGUAGACAGCUAACAGACGCUCGGCCAUAGACAUGGCAGCUUCAUCUUUUGGCUUUUCCUCUUGGAGGGGAAGAUCAACUUCCGUUACUUCUCAGUCGGAUAUGACAGAUGUACCUGGGCAAACACUCAGUCCGAACCAAGCUUCGCAUUUGACGAUAACCGACUCUCGACCGCUCUCAUCUUCUUUAAACUCUUAUAAUUAUAGAGAGCCCACCAGGUCUUUUGUGCCGGGCUCGGUUAGAGACCAUCUAUCGCCCGUGGACAGCGCCAGUUUCGCGAGAAGUGUUCGCGAGGAUACUGCCGAACUCGCUUCAUACGUUCUAGCAGACAAGAAAGAUAGGCUGAGCACGUCAUUCCUCCGUCGGAUAUCGUCUACUUCGUCCCACCAAAGCCUCGACCAGCAUGAAUCCCCAGACUCUCAGAUGCCGGACGCGGGCACUAUAGAUGAAGUUUCCGAACCACCUUCACCGGAAUUUAGGACAGAGGACGAACCCGAUUCGGGACCUUCGGCGCUCACAACUAUGCUUAGACGCUCUCCUCCACAAUCUCCACGCGAUCCAAACGGCGGAAACGGUGUGACUCCAUUCAAUGGGCAACAGCUAUCGUCAACAAGUCUGUCCCAAUCUAGUCCCAGUAAUGUGGUAUCAGAGAGUACUCCCCUACUUGGGGGACUACCACGUAGGCCUGAUUCUCCGGGGAGUGCUACUGAGGUUGACGACAUCGAAAGUCAAAAACCGAAGAUAGGGCCCUGGAGUUCGUCGUCAGGCAUAUUUGGAGGUGGUAUUCAAGGCACGAUCCGUUCCAUCCGGAGCGUCGCCAACCCAAAGACGUGGGAUAAGAAAGUCGUCUUCCAAAGUGUUGUGAUGGAUCCGAUACAUUGCUUGCCAGCGGUGGUUGUCGGGCUUCUAUUAAACAUACUGGAUGCCCUGUCUUAUGGAAUGAUUCUAUUCCCAUUGGGCAACCCAAUCUUCUCGAGUCUCGGGCCGGCAGGAAUCUCCAUAUUCUACGUUAGCACAAUUGUCUCACAGCUGACCUUCUCAACCGGCAGCUUGUUCCGUGGUGGCAUUGGGUCAGAAUUGAUCGAAGUUGUCCCGUUCUUUCAUAAUAUGGCAACCACUAUUACAGCGACAGUAGGCGAGGAUAAACCUGACGCGGUUAUCGCUACCACAAUAACUUCGUUUGCGAUUAGCUCCAUGCUAACUGGCGUUGUUUUUUAUCUCAUGGGAAGAUUUAGAUUAGGCUAUGUUGUUGGUUUCAUCCCUCGCCACAUUCUAAUCGGAUGUAUUGGUGGCGUCGGUUGGUUCCUCGUCGCAACGGGUCUCGAAGUGUCAGCACGCCUGGAAGAAUUCAAUUACGAUCUCGACACUGGCCGAAGGUUGGUCCAAUCGGAUACUCUCCCUCUUUGGCUUAUUCCUCUUGCUCUGGCUGUCAUUCUCUUCGGCCUCCAGAGGAAGAUCACCUCGAAAUAUUUCCUGCCUAUCUACAUUCUAUGCGUGCCGAUAUUCUUCUACUUCUUCGUAUUUUCAAUAGACAGUUUGGAUCCAGAGAACCUAAGACGAGCCGGAUGGAUCUUCCAAGCACCCGAAGCCGGAGAGCCGUGGUGGUACUUUUGGACACUCUAUAAGUUCAAUUUAGUCCAUUGGGGGGCGGUUCUUGAGACUUCGGGAGCUAUGUUUGCUUUAACUUUCUUCAGUGUGCUACACGUUCCCAUCAAUGUGCCUGCUUUAGCACAAAUCUCCGGGGAAGAUCAUCUUGAUUUAGACCAUGAGUUGAAAUUGCACGGCUACUCGAAUUUCCUGUCUGGAUGUGUGGGUAGUAUCCAAAACUAUUUGGUAUUUGCGAAUACGUUGUUCUUUAUGAGGUCAGGCGGCGAUAGCCGUCUGGCAGGUUUCAUGUUGGCAGCACUUACGUUCGGCGUCAUGACGAUGGGUCCCGUCAUUAUUGGUUAUAUCCCCGUUAUGGUUGUUGGCACUUUGAUUUUUGUCCUCGGAUUUGAACUAUUGAUGGAUGCUCUUAUAUCACCAAGGCGGAAACUGAAGCUAUUGGAGUACUUGACGAUCGUGGUCAUAGUUCUUACUAUGGGUAUCUAUGACUUUGUUGUCGGUAUCUUCGUUGGCAUAAUCCUCGCAUUUGUUUCUGCCAUUCUUCACGCAUCUCAAGUCUCGGCUAUUCGAGCAACCUAUACCGGAGACCAGGUCGGUUCAAUGGUAAGACGGAACCCAUCGCAGCAUCAUUACCUCCACGAAGUUGGCAGUCAGACAUACGUCAUCAAAUUAUCAGGCUUCCUCUUCUUUGGCACCAUUGUCGGUGUCGAAAAGAAGAUUCGAAGUCUGAUAUCCGAUGAUGUGUUCACGGAACAUCCCAUCAAGUUUGUGAUCGUCGAUUUAUGGCAUGUAACGGGCAUCGACUAUUCAGCAGCCGAAGGAUUCAAGACCAUCAACCGGCUCCUUUAUGGAAAAGGAGUUCACCUUCUUAUUAGCGGAAAAGACGCGGAAAGUAGACUUGGCCGGGAUCUAAGGGCUGUUGGACUGGGAGCUGAUGGGCCCGAAGUUAUGUUUAUGCCCGAUCUCAAUUCGGCCUUGGAAAGUUGUGAGAAUGAGCAGCUGAAGAUAUUCUAUGCUCGUCAGGAAGCUUUGAGAAUCUCUCGACCAGCGCCGUCGAAUAACCUGGAUGUGCCCAACAAGGGUCAAUUCAACCAGUCCUUAGACAUCCUAUCUCAGUCUCCAAGAAGGGAUCACCUCGAUCGAGCGGCAAGGAAUGUCCUGAACCAACAGGAAAUGAGACGAUCAACGAGAUGGCAGAACAUUAGCGAACCCCUACGGCUUAUGCUUCAGAUAUUUUAUGACUUGAGCGAUAAGAACGAGGAUUUCUGGUUCCGCGCAAAACCAUACUUCAUCCGCAAGGAGUUUCCCGCCGGUACUGUCAUAUACCAGUGCGGUGAGACCGCCAAGGGCUUCUAUCUCCUAGAAAGGGGAGAGCUCAGGGCUGAUUACGAGACGCCUCAAGGCCGUCUAUCUGAGCCAAUUGUCCAAGGCACGACGUGUGGCGAGCUGCCGUUCUUCUCCGAGACAAAUCGGACUGCGACGGUGGUUGCCGUCAAAGACUGCGUUGUUUGGGUCAUGGACACAGAAAAGUGGGAGAAGCUACAGAAUGAAGAGAAGGAGGUUGCGCAGGAACUAUUGAGAAUCUCACUCAAGCUCACUAGCGAGAGAAUGGAUGCUAUGACGAAGUAUAUUUCCGCGGUCGGUAAUUAGAAGGGUAAUGGAGUAAUUAGAAUAGAGAAAUGUGUUUAUACGUAGAAUUACAUGAAGAUUACCAACAAGCAAGGCCAUCACUAGCACAUGGACUGCUGUUCUUUCUAGGGGUUAACAGCGACUUUAGAAUACUAGUGCUUUGGCUAGGUGUGACACCCCUUUUCCAAUUCUAAUCAAUCUAUCAACACGUAUAGCUGAAUAUUAUUAUAACAAUAGCGAAUAAUGAAAU